GCCCCCUCCCCCCCUGUGUCACUGCCCCCCUCCCUCUAUAUAAGGAGGGACACUCACAGCUGUGACAGCACCAGCCAGUGGCAUCCAGGCACCGAGGCAAGAUGUCGAUCCAGAAGGUUCAUGCCAGGGAGAUCCUGGACUCGCGGGGUAACCCAACCGUAGAAGUUGACCUGUAUACCGCGAAAGGUCUCUUCCGGGCGGCCGUCCCCAGCGGAGCUUCUACAGGAAUCUACGAGGCCCUGGAGCUGAGAGAUGGCGACAAAUCGCGGUACCUGGGGAAAGGUGUCCAGAAGGCCGUGGAUCACAUCAACAAGACCAUCGUGCCGGCUUUGCUGGAAAAGAAGCUCAGCGUUGUGGAUCAGGAGAAGAUCGAUAAGUUAAUGCUGGAACUUGACGGGACGGAGAAUAAAUCAAAAUUUGGUGCCAAUGCCAUCCUGGGGGUGUCACUGGCGGUGUGCAAGGCUGGCGCAGCAGAGAAAGGAGUCCCCCUGUACAGACACAUUGCCGACCUGGCAGGAAACCCCGACAUUAUACUGCCUGUCCCUGCAUUCAAUGUCAUUAAUGGAGGCUCACACGCCGGGAACAAGCUGGCCAUGCAGGAAUUCAUGAUCCUGCCCGUGGGGGCAUCUACCUUCCGGGAGGCCAUGCGCAUCGGGGCGGAGGUCUAUCAUAACCUGAAGGCCGUCAUAAAGUCCAAGUACGGCAAGGACGCCACCAACGUCGGUGAUGAAGGCGGCUUCGCCCCCAAUAUCUUGGAGAACAACGAGGCGCUGGAGCUCCUGAAGGCCGCAAUAGAGAAGGCCGGGUAUCCCGAUAAGAUUGUCAUUGGGAUGGACGUUGCUGCGUCCGAGUUCUUCCGCAAAGGGAAAUACGAUCUAGACUUCAAGUCUCCCGAUGACCCAAACCGCUACAUCUCUGGGGAAGAGCUUGGCAACCUGUACAAGACCUUCAUCAAGAACUAUCCCGUGGUCUCCAUUGAGGACCCAUUUGACCAGGAUGACUGGGAAGCCUGGAAGAGCUUCUUGUCCACUGUGGACAUCCAGGUGGUCGGGGACGAUCUGACGGUCACGAACCCUAAGAGGAUCCAGAAGGCGGUGGAGCAGAAGGCCUGUAACUGUCUCCUGCUGAAAGUCAACCAGAUCGGAUCAGUGACGGAGUCCAUCCAGGCGUGUAAGCUGGCCCAGUCCAACGGAUGGGGUGUGAUGGUCAGCCAUCGCUCCGGAGAGACGGAAGACACUUUCAUCGCUGAUCUGGUGGUCGGUCUGUGUACAGGACAGAUUAAAACCGGUGCCCCCUGCAGGUCAGAAAGAUUGGCCAAGUACAACCAGCUGAUGAGGAUCGAGGAGGAGCUGGGAGACAAAGCGAAGUUUGCCGGACGCAACUUCAGGAACCCCAGGGCCAAGUAAAGAGAGACCUUUCCACACCUGGAACAUUGGCAGCAUCAAUUUCCCAGAACCCUCUGCAGCACCCGCCAACCCCUCCAGAAUCCUCUCCUACAGGGACCCAUCACCCUGCAAAUCCCCACGUUAUCUGCCGACUCCUUAUAAUGUGACGUGCAAGUGUCCACCUGCAACACGGUUACCCCACACACAUGUUCAGGGGGCUGGCAUCCAGCUCUGAGACAUCUGCAUUACAAAACAGGAAGACCACGCCUCGCAUCUGCACCUCAAACAACAUCCCUUGUGUGUAAGCCGAUAUAAUGCCACGCACAGACUUUACUGCAGCACUUUAAGGUACGGCUGUGAGCCCCCAGCACAAAUUUCAAAAAAUAAAAAAAGUAAAUGGGAAAACAAAACACAAA